CAAUCAUUUAACGCAGCCAGCAGUGUGAGUUAGGACAGAGUGAAGUGACCGUUCCAUAACACCCACAGGGGAAACUGCCCGUAUUAUUGCUUGGAGCUUGUCAAGAGGACAGCACUCAUGGACGGCCACAGGGAAUGUGACAUUCGCACUCCUAGACUGGCCACGGAGAAAGACACUAAUGCACCGGUUCGGAAACUCGCUAAGACAUCGCCAGCCGGAUCCAUCACUAAUGCCCUUCCCGACCCGGCCGGUCUGUCGUCCAUUUUGGCAGGUUUCAGAAAAUCCCUUGGUCCUGGGCAGCAGGAGCCAAAGUCUCCCGGCAUUAAAGAGGAAGUUGAGCUGCCCCAAAUCAAAGAGGAGGAGCCAGAGCACCUUCAACAGCAGAAGAAAGAGGAGGAACUUCAAAUAAAAAAGGAGGAGGAAGAGGAGCAAGAUAUCACCUUGUCGACUGGUGAGCCCUUGAAAAAUGGUGAUGGUCUGAGUGAGGCCAGCAGAGGGGCGGAGCUUCAAAGUGGCAUCAGCUCAAUAAAAGGAUUGCAAGCAGACAAUUUCAUCGCUCCGCCAUCAGAUAGAAAAGGCGCCACCUCACACUCGCCUUAUACUGAUGAUGAUGACGAUAGUCAUAAGAAAGGUCUCGGUGAUGACAAACUCUGCGAAUGUUCUGAGUGUGGGAAAACCUAUUAUAGCAAGUCAAAUUUGAAUAGGCAUAUGAAGAGCCACACUCGCGAGAAACCCUUUUGUUGCUCACUUUGUGGCCAAAGAUUCGCUCAAAAGAUACAACUAACAAUCCACACAAGAACCCACACUUGAUGAGAAACCUUUUGCAUGCUCAGUUUGUGCUCAAAGACUCACUCAAAGCUAAAACUUAAAAACAGACACGAGAAACCCUUUUCCUGCUCCGUUUGUGGCCGAACAUUCGCUCAGAACGGACACUUUAAACUACACACAAGAACCCACGCUGGAGAAAAACCUUAUUUCUGCUCAGUUUGUGGUCAAAUAUUCGCUCAGAAGACAAGCUUAAUGACCCACACUGAUGAGGAACCUUGUCCCUGCUUAGUUUGCGGUCAAAGAUUCUGUCACAAGAGCGCCCUCAAGAAAUCACACUGGUGAGAAACCCUUUACCUGCACUGUUUGCAGUCAAGGAUUCACUUGGAGUGAUGGACUCAAUAGACACAAGUGUGUUGGAGUGAAAAGCAGUGGACCAACAAUGGUUUUGCCUGCCCAAUUGUAUUCUGUGGACCUUCCUCAAAUCCUGUUAAGGAUUAGAACUUGGUGCUUUGCCCAAUCCUUGUUUCAUGUGAAUCCACACUAUUGAAGUUAAAAUGUGUUGCGUUCUGAAUUUGCUUCUCUUUAAAAGUUUUAAAAUAAUCAUAAAAUAGAUUUUUUUUUUCCCCCAAGAUUGUUACUCCCACAGUGACUGCCAUUUUUUUUCUCAAUGAUUUCACGGGAUUUUAUAGCUUAAGAAAAAUACAUUUUCAAACAGUCGUAUAUUAAUGACGUAAGACUUAUCUUUUCACACCACAUGGAGAUAACUUAGCCUAUCCACCGCAUAUAUUGCUGUCAAUAAUAAACACUACAAUGAGAGACGGCAGUCAUUCAAUAUGACCAUGUAUAUUAAGGCUUUAAAAAAAAAAAAAAAAAACUAAACGGCCAUGUAUAGUGAAGGUUUUUUCUUCUAAAAAACGGAACAUGUAUAGCAGGGGUGUCCAAACUUUUUGCAGAGGGGGCCAGAUUUGGUGUGGUAAACAUGUGGGGGGCCGACCUUGGCUGAUGUCCUUUAUGUUGAACAAUAUAUUUAAGCAAAUUUUAGUGAGCCAUUAUGUGUGUCACAUUUGCUUUAUUUUUUUUUUUUAAUUAAUAAUUUCAACAAUCUCGCAACUAGCCUUUGUGGCUAAGCCUUCGACUCUCGGGCUCUUGGGAAACACUGCUGCUGUAACAUUAAACUAGCUUCAAGGUGCUUCAAUUUCUCGCUACGUAUCUUCCCUGUAAUCUUGUCGUACAUGUCAGCGUGUCUUGUAUGGUAAAACGCCAUACAUUGAACUCUUCAAAAACAGCGACUGUCUCUUUGCAAAUGAGGCAGACACAGUUGUUGCGUAUUUUAGUGAAGAAAUAGUCCAAUUUCCACCUAUCCUUGAAGCGGCUGUCACAGUCAACUUUCUUUUUCUUUUUGUUGAUUGUCGCCAUUUUAGAAAAUUGGGAGUAAAAGGUCACACGGGGUAAUGUUGCUUUUAGUGGGUAUAUGAGGAGCAGCAUUUAGCGUGUAAGCUAUCUCAUAUGCUGGUAGCAGUACUGCUGACCAAUUAAGUCUGUGUGCGGGCCAGACGUUAUUGAUUUUAUGACAGAGGCUGGGGGCCGGAUGAAAUUUGACCACGGGCCGCAUUUGGCCCCCGGGCCGGACUUUGGUCAUGUCUGAUGUAUAGUAUGGCUUUUUUUCUUUCUUUAAAAAAAAAUUUUUUUUUAAUUACCAUGUUGUAUACUAGGGCUUUUAUCUUCUAAAAACAACCAUGUAUGGUUUUAAAAAAAUAAAAAUAAAAAAAAAGACUGUAUAGAAAGGCUUUUUUCUUCUGAAA